CAAAUUUUACAGUCAAUAAUUUAUAUUAUAAACCUGCGUGUCUUUUGUACAAUCUUUAUUUAAUAAUAUGAAUUCAAAACAUGAAUACCGGUAUUCCUGUACAUGUUAGUCAAUUGAAUAACUCAUAAAUAAUUUCAAUUUCAUAUAGGUGUCCACUUUCUUUGUUGGGAUCAAGCAUGUGAGACGAGCUGAUGCUGUGACCAUAUCCCAGGCAAUUACCUCCCUUCUAGACACCAGAUUUCCCGAUUGGAGAGAGAAAAUCAUUGCCAUGGGGACAGACGGUGCAUCUGUGAUGGUGGGGAAGAAAGGAGGGGUUGUUAAGAUUGUUUCUGAGGCUGUGGAUCGCCCUUUCUUGAAGGGAAUUCAUUGUUCUGCACAUAGGUUGGAACUUGCGUACAAGGAUGCAACAAAAAAAAUUCCCAUCCAUCAAAGAUGUGAGCUGCUGUUACUCAACCUUUAUUUAUUUUACAAAUACAGCCCACUCAACCGAGCAAACCUCAGAGCAUCAUUUGAGUCUCUUGGUAAAGCAUCAAGGGUUCCAACUAGAAUGGGUGGUACACGGUGGCUUCCUCACACAAAACGUGCAUUGAAGCAAAUGUUGGAAGGCAUGGAUGGCAUCGUCCUUCAUCUGGAACAGAUGCAGCAGCAACCCCAGAAAGAAUCAAGCUGUAAGGCAAAGAAUUUUCUGAAGGUCCUAAAAUCUCCUGAAACCAUCUAUUGGCUGCAUCUUAUGACAGAUGUCAUAAGGUGCCUGUCAAAAGUGUCAGAGACAAUUCAGGAGAAACACAGUACUGUUGCCGAUAUUGCCAGUGAAUUAGAAUGUGCAAAAAACAUAAUUGAAAAGUACAAAUCAAGAUUUUGGAGAUCUGCAUGUUCAGGAGCUAGUGGAGAUUGCAAAACCAGCCUUAAUGAACACAGACAUGAUUGAGGAGGAGUGGACAAGGCUGAAAACUACACUCGCAGCAAGGAGGAUGAAGAUACAAGACGUCACUUGGCCAUCCUUGGAAGCCAGUUUUGGAAAUGUUUGUCCAAUGUUUUUCAUGUUGGUCAAUUAUUUAUUGACACUUCCAGGCUCCUCUGUUGAUGCAGAGCGAGGAUUUUCACGGAUGAAACUCAUCAAGAGUGAUUGGCGAUCCCGGUUAGGGGAGUCCAACCUUUCUGACCAGAUUCUACUCAACCUGGAGACAGAACCCAUUGGAUCAUUUGAUCCUAUGCCGGCAAUAGCCCACUGGUACAGUGGAGGGCAGAGGGCAAGGAGGCCAUUUUAUAAGGAUGAAAUGAGGAAAUCGGAGACCCCAAGGGAAUGUUCAGUUUUUCAGCGGACAGAUGGGCAUGAGGUCAUCCCAGUUUCCCUUGAUUUGCAUGAGGACCAAGCUGAGCAUGAGGGGGAGGAGGAGGCAGAUGAGGAAGAUCUUCAGGAAGGGGCAACAUUUACGCCAGAUUCCCAGUCUGAUGAUGAGGAUGAGGAUCUCUCCAGGAGAGACCUUCUUGCUCUCCAGCAAAAGUCAUACAGACUUUUCAUUGAAAACUUAAGAAACUAGUUGAAUAUGGAAUAACAAAUACAAAAACUGAAAUGAG